GAGAUAAAACUUACCCGUCACCGGCAACCACUCUUUCUAUCUCUCUCUCUCUCUCUCUCUCUCUCUCUCAACCUUCAGCCACCAUUGUUGUCUUCAACCACCAACCAAACCUCCGUCUUCUACCUCAUAACAGGCAUCAAAUCCUCAUCCUCUAUCAUCGUCUUCAACCUCCGAACCUCCACUUCUUCUACCUCAUUGCAGGCAUGAAUUGCUAGUCUGUCCCAGUACCAAACACAAGAUCAGAUCUGUGCAAUCUGUUCCAGUCUAUAUAUCCUUCUCCAAUGUAAUCAUGUGUCCCAAACACAGCCAUUGUUUCUUCUGUAAUAAUGGGUAUCAAAGUUUUGGUAGUAUCUCUGAUGCUAACUUCAAUUCUUUUCUCUUUUCUGCACUUGAUUCCAACCAGAUUAACAACACCCACUCAGCCCAUCAUCAAUCUGACCAAAUCCAAUAUGAGUAUUACUAACCCAUAUCCAGUGACCUUUUCAUAUCUGAUCUCAGCUUCAAAAGGCGAUUCCGUUAAACUCAAACGCAUGCUCUAUGCCCUUUAUCAUCCUGGAAAUUACUAUCUGAUCCACAUGGAUUAUGAAGCAACGGAAGCAGAACACAGAGACAUAGCUGAGUUUGUGGGUGGAAACCCAGUUUUUGGGCAAGUGGGUAAUGUUUGGAUUGUGGGAAAACCCAACUUGGUAACCUAUAGAGGACCAACCAUGCUUGCUACCACUAUUCAUGCUUUGGCUCUGCUCUUGAGGACUUGCAGCAGGUGGGAUUGGUUCAUCAAUCUCAGUGCUUCUGACUAUCCUCUCAUUACUCAAGAUGAUCUGAUCCAUGCCUUUUCUGACUUGCCAAGAGAUCUCAAUUUUAUUCAGCACACCAGUCACUUGGGUUGGAAACUAAACAAGAGAGGCAAGCCUAUUACAAUAGACCCAGCACUCUACAGCCUCAAUAAAUCAGAGCUAUGGUGGGUCAUUAAACAAAGGACUCUCCCAACAGCUUUCAAGCUAUACACAGGUUCAGCUUGGACAAUGCUAUCAAGGUCUUUUGCCGAAUAUUGCGUAGUGGGUUGGGACAAUCUGCCCAGAACCCUCCUCCUCUACUACACCAACUUUGUCUCAUCUCCUGAAGGUUACUUCCAGACUCUCAUAUGCAACUCAGAAGACUACAAAAACACCACCAUCAACCAUGACCUCCACUACAUUUCAUGGGAUACACCUCCAAAGCAACAUCCCAGGUCUCUCGGACUCAGAGAUUUUAGAAGAAUGGUUCAAAGCAACCGUCCAUUCGCUAGAAAGUUCAAGGAGAAUACCCCUGUGCUUAAAAAAAUUGAUCAACAGCUGCUUAAACGACGCCGCGGACAAUUUGCUUAUGGGGGAUGGUGUUCUGGGAAAGAAAAGACGCAGAGUUUAUGUUCAGGCCUGCAGAGUGAAAAUUAUGGAGUUUUAAGGCCAGGACCCGGUUCUAGGAGGUUGAAGUCAUUGUUAACAAAACUUAUUUCCACGAGGAAUCAUCAGAAGCAACAAUGCAGAUGAUUCCUUUGAAUCAGAAGUAACAAUGCAGAUGAUUCCUUUGAACUAAUAUGAAUAACUACUGCAUGCUUGUAAUUUGUACACGCCC